AUGCCAAUCUUGGGCUGCGUCGCGUUCAUACCUGCGUUACUCGUUGUUCUUCAAUGCAUUGUGGUUGUCUUGGGGGAACUACGGACGAUCGACGACACGUAUGGUGACUCAGUGACCGGAGCGACACCGACGUACCUCGAUACGAACUGCUGGAACAAAGGGCCGGGUUGCUCGGUUUGCGUUGCCCAACCAGACCCAUCACAGGCGCACAACGGGACCUGGCACGACACACAAUCGAGUACAUGUAACAACGUGUUCAUCAACUCUCCCACAGUUCACACUGUCUCGUUCGCAUUCACCGGGCCGGAGAUCAAGAUCACCAACCUGACCUUCGAUCUCGAUGGUGAAACUAGCGCAUCUUUGUUCAACCCGAGCAUCAGCGGAACCAACUACGAAUAUCAAUACAACGUACCUGUCUACAGCAGAACAUUUUUGAACAAUACGCAGCACAGCUUCGUGAUUUAUGAAGACGAUGAGAACGAUGCGAAACCAUCCUCCGAGUCGAGUGCACUCAACAUAUCAUGGUCCACGCAUCUCCCCGGACUCGGAAGCUCCACUGCGCCAAGCAUCUCAUCGUCGACUAGUACCGUCAAAACAAGCUCAAAUACACACAGCGCUACGAGCAGCUCAGGCGAUGCCAGUGGCGGCGGCUCUUCAUCUACGGAUGCGAUCGUGAGCACUGCCAGCGCGACAGGCUCUGGGAACAAUUUGAUUUCGACCCACCGAGGUACAUCUGCGGGUGUCAUUGGGGGCGUGCUCGGCGCAAUCGCCUUCAUCGUGCUUUGCUUUGGCCUCGCGAUUUACUCUCGGCGGCGCCGGAGAACGCAGAAUGUACAAGAGAUGAAUCAGACAGCAAUCACACCAUUCGUGUCGCUGCAGGAUCCCAAACCCAAACAACCAGGCGCCCCCACUUUGCUCCCUACUCCGGUUACAAACACGCUCUUCCCUACAACCAUGCCAGAUAGCGUGACACCACCUAUCAUGACCGACUCCCGUUCAAACUACGAUGGGCUUGUGCGCGAGAUACAAGGGCUCAAGACACAACUCAAAACUUUACGCGCCGAUCGCCCAAAUGUCGAUGUUGUCCUAGCACCAUCGGCAGGCAACUUGCGACGCUCAACGGCUACAUUAUCCCGACCGAUGGAGGCCGGCGUUGAAGAAGAGUUGAGGACAGAAAUAGCCACAUUGAGGGCAGAGGUGGCACGGUUGCAGGCGGAGACAGAAGAUAGGCACAGGGACGUACCUCCUGCAUACUACUGGUAA